AUGACCUUGCGGUCACUGCCGGCAGCGCCUCCCGAUAACCAUGCCUUUGUGGUACAGGUCGCUGUUGGAAAGGCACACUCUGUGCUGCUGACAGAUGAAGGGGUCCUGUACAGCUGGGGCACGAACAAUGAGUUCGGGCAGCUGGGUCGUGCCUGUCACAACCAGGACAAGAUGCUCAAGCCGGCGCCCAUCAUCGGGGGCAUCAAGCAGGAAAUCGUCAUCCAGAUUGCCUGUGGAAUGAACCAUUGUGUUGCGCUUACGCAGAGAGGAGCACUUUUUGCAUGGGGCAACAACAAGGCUGGUCAGUUGGGCGUUGAUGGCUUCAGUGCGGAGACCCCCACAAGCGAGCUUGCAAUCACGGCUCCAACUCCUGUGAAGCACUUCGAGGGCCAGGAGAUCUCCUUAUGUGCGCGAAGCUGCAGUUGCGGUCCGGAGAGUUCCGCCUGUGUCACCGUGCGUGGUGAGGUGUACGUCUGGGGCGCAAUCAGCUAUUACAUGCUUGGAGCGCAGAAGAAGUACGGCAAGGGGGAAAACUGCACCGUGCCUGUAUGCAUCAAGAACCUUCCGAAGGAGCUUUAUGCUCAUGAUUCCGGGCCCGAGCAGGUGUCGGUCUACAAGGACCAUUGCCCUGCCAUAGGCCGUUAA